AUGGCAGAGGAAAGUUGUCCGACACGAAGGUCCGUUUUGCUGGAAGAGGUAUUUCGAGCCUUAGAUUCAAAGCAACGCGGCUUUGUCAGCAAGGUCGAGCUUGCUCAUAUUCUGGAUGCCAUGCAGGCAGAUGCAAAGGGACCAAUGCCCAUCCCGGAGGCAUUGCUCCCGCACAAGAUUUCGCGUGACUGCAAAGUCAGUCCGCAAGACCUCACCGGUUGGCUGGAAGCGCUGUCUGUAGCAGAGCUGGAGGAUGUCAAGUGGUUUGCAGAAAGCGUGGUCAAAGUGGAGUCGGAGCUUCGAGAAGUCUGGCUACAUGCAGUCAAGCGAUGGCAAGAAGCUGUUGUGCAACUGCAAUCUCGCGACCUGCACCGCUACCUGCUGUCCUCGCAGCCGAGCCGGGUGGCCCGCUGGCUCCAGCUCCGGACAGACCCAAGUGAGCCGGUUGGCCUUCCAGGUCUCGGCUUCAGCCAGCACGAAGUGGAGACGCUUUUUGCUGAUGAAACCGCAGAUGACAUCAACGCCUGCCACGAGCACAUCGAGCCGUUUCUUUUGGCAGUGCAGCUCAGAGAAGAACUUGGCCAGCUCAAGCUGAGUGCAGACACGGCUGGACUUGCAUCAGAACUUCUGACCAAGCUGGUGCAGCUGGCCAGCUCGCGGGACCUGGCCUGCCUGCUGACUCACGAGGAGACCCUCGGUCUGGCCACAAGCCUAGUGGGAGUAGACGGCGUACCCCAGCAGGUUACAGUGGAAGCAUCCAAGCUCAUCAUGACGAUCCUAGGUCAUCGAAUCCAUGAGAGCUGCCGUAAUGUGGAAGACAACCAGCUCUCGGCUGUCAGCCUGGAGUUCGCCAUGGUAAUUCAAUCGCAACUGCUCAUGCCGGAGACACUGGAUGCCCUCAACUUUGCAGAGGCCUCCGCCCUCUGCACCGCAACUUUCUGCGGAGUCUGGCCCUGGCGAAAUCUGCAAAUCAGGCACUUGGCACGACUGCAGAAGUUGCCACGCAGACGGGUGCAAAGCCCUGCAACUAUCUGCUUGCGGCGCCUAGAGGUGAGCCAUGCAGAGGCCUUUGGUGGCAUGUCUUGGAACCUCUUGCUGGAGCCGCUAGCUGCUUGUGGUGGAGCGCACCUGCAGGAGUUGUGCCUCGGCCACUGUCUGAUCAACGCAGGAGGCCAAGUUCCACACUCCUGUGGCUUUUGGACCGUCCUCCGUCAAGUCACACGGCAGCUGCACACAUUGCAGUUGCCGCACUUGGUUGUGUGCGCGCCAGGUGGCAGCCCUGCUGCCUUUGCAGACGGCGCAUCUGCGGCUUUGCCGGCCGUCCGUGCUCUUCAAAUUCCCCACGCAACGCUCAUUGAAUGCCGUCCAAGAAGCUUGGUGGCUGAAGCAGUCUCUUCCCAAACAGCGUGCUGGGAGGCGCUUGUCAGGGAGAUAUGUACCCUUUCGACACUGCGCGAGGUGGACAUCACCGGCGCGUGGCGACCCAUUGAUCCGGCCCACAUCAGGAGCCUGCCAGAUGAUGGGCCAUCCGGAUCCGCGACCUCGAACUUUGACAGUCUCGGCGAGGUUGGCCGCUUGGUACCUUGCGACGAAGACGUGUUGACACUCUUUGAUUCGUGGCGUCAGCGGAUGAGCGAGAUCAACGCGUUGUUCAAUCCCACCGUGAAAGUGGUGCAUGAAGACUGGGACUUGUGCCGGCAGACUCUGCAGUCUUACCUUGAGGUGGCCUUUGAUCCGCUCGAGGUGCCCGGAUCGCCAGGGCAAGCAGGUGCAGGUCAGCGGCUGGGAACGAUUUCGCGGUGGGUAGAGAACUUGGUGAUGCAGCAGUCGGAUCUUGAUAGGGGCGAGAUGGUGGACAAGCUUAUCAAGUACGAUGAGCAGCGGCUGUUGGCUGCGGAGCAGGAGUCCGUCCCGGAAUCGUUGUUCUCCCACGGCAGGACGAUCCACAUUGUCCUCUCUCGUUUAGAUCUGGCGUCGCACUAUUCACUGCACGAGCGCCGAACGCCUAUCCGCACACACCUCCUGAAGUUCCUGCUGAACGUCUUGUCAAGUUCCGGAGAUCGCGGCAGAUCUCUCUUUCGAGCUGGCGGAGGGAUGGCCGCAAUCUGUUCUGUCUUGCGUGGAGAUGCUUGGGGGGAAGUCAGACCCGAGCUGCCCCUGGCGGUGGAACUUGACCAGCCUGACCACACGAAGAAGGAUGAUGCGUUUUCGUCAACUGGGUCAUGGCCGGGCCUGGGGGAUGAGCCAAGGUACUACGAGGCUGACUUUGCAGACAACAAGUUCUACGGUCCAAAGGAUCGUGUGUUGGCUGCAGCAUUCUUGGAGUUCUUGGGCUCGGAAGAACUCUGGGGCGAUAAUCUUCUGGACGAGUUCUGCCAAAGCGCAGAGGUCCUUCAGGCCCAGGAGCAGAAUCUAGGUGGUCCUUCAGUCGACAUGCAUAGCAGGCUAGUUCUAGCACGGGAUUGGUACAGUAAUUAG